AUGGUUGCUUCUGCAGAACCCCAGGACACAUUGUCGGUACUGCCUUCUCUGACGCUUUUCUUCCUGAUCUUGGUCAGCUCAUGUCCCUGCAGUGUGAGUUCAUUGCCAGCAUCGAGAGUCCAUAACACCUCAGAGAGCGACAGGCAAGCCCUCCUGUGCCUCAGAUCAGCACUCCAUGAUCCUCAUGGAGCCCUGGACUCAUGGAGAGAAGAAUCUCUUGCGUUCUGCGAUUGGCAUGGGGUGACAUGCAGCAGCAGCCGGCGUGCAGCUCGUGUCGUCGCGAUUCACCUUGAAUCGCUGAACCUCACAGGCCAAAUACCCUCUUGCAUUGCCCGCCUUAGUUUCCUUACCACCAUGAGCAUGUCAGACAACCAAUUCAAUGGCCACAUACCUUCCGAGAUUGGCCGCCUUACCCAGCUCAGGAACCUAAGCUUAAGCAUGAACCUCAUCACAGGGGUGAUUCCUGAUACCGUAUCGUCGUGCACCCGCCUCGAGGUCAUCGACCUGUCGGGCAACAGCAUCGAAGGUGAGAUCCCGGCAAGCCUUGCUCAGUGCCCACUUCUUCAGGAAAUUGUUCUCAGCAAUAACAACCUCAGUGGAACAAUGCCUUCAGAGAUUGGUUCCCUUCUCCACCUCAAAUAUCUAUUUCUCCUUAGCAAUAGGCUUGAGGGCAGCAUUCCUGAAUCUCUAGGAAGUGGCACAUCACUGUCCAUGGUUGUUCUUGGAAACAACAACCUAACUGGUGGUAUCCCACCUGUCUUAGCGAAUAGCUCUUCACUCACACACCUUGACCUGUGGAUGAACAAACUUGGUGGGGUGAUCCCUUCUUCCCUCUUCAACAGCUCAUCUCUUGUUACGUUGGAUCUGUCGAGUAAUGAGUUCUCUGAAUGGUCAAUCCCCUCUGCCACACUGAUAACCUCAAAGCUGCAAACUGUCAUCCUUGCAGACAACAAGCUCUCUGGAGUUAUUCCAGCCACACUGGGGAAUCUGAGUUCCCUGUCUUCCUUGCUGCUUGCAAAAAAUUAUCUACAUGGCAACAUCCCAGAGAGCUUAACCAGAAUUCAGUAUUUAGAAGAGUUAGACUUGGCUUACAACAGCUUGACUGGCACAGUGCCACCAUCUCUCUACACAAUCUCGACUCUGACUUAUCUUGGCCUUGGGGUGAACCAUCUUUCAGGGGAAAUUCCUAUCAACAUUGGAUACACUCUUCCAAACAUUCAGACAUUGGUCUUGGAAGGAAAUAAUUUCCAUGGCACAUUACCAGCUUCUUUAGUUCAUGCCGUGAACCUUCAAGUGCUAGAGAUUCGUGAUAACGUGUUCACCGGUGUUGUUCCUUCGUUUUGGGCUCUGCAAAACUUGACUCAGUUGGACCUUGGUGCAAACCUAUUUGAAUCUGUAGACUGGAGUUCAUUGUCCUCUGAAAUAAACUCUACAAAACUAGAGGCAAUAUAUUUGGAUAACAACAAGCUUCAUGGAAUCAUACCUAGUUGCAUUGGCAAUCUACCAAGAAGCCUACAAAUGUUAUUUCUGACAAAAAACAGAAUUUCAGGGACCAUACCUUCAGAGAUAGCAAAGCUCACUAACCUCACAGUUCUUCAUUUAUCAGAAAACUUAAUCUCAGGGGAUAUUCCUGAAACACUUGGCAACCUUGUAAACUUGUUUGUCCUGGAUGCCAAUUUUCUAGAUGGGAGUAUCCCAGAAUCCUUCAUGAGUUUAAGAGGCAUCAGUCUGAUGGAUCUUUCUCGAAAUAAUCUAUAUGGUGAAAUCCCAAACUUUCUUGAGAACUUUACUUCUUUGCAACUCCUCAACUUAUCCUUCAACAACCUUGAGGGAAUAGUUCCCACAUAUGGUGUGUUUAGCAAUUCAAGUACGGUAUUUGUGCAGGGGAACAAAAAUUUAUGCACGGAGUCUCCAAGGCUGCAACUACCAGUUUGCGCAUCAACACCAUCCAAAAUAAAGAAGAAAUCCUAUCUAACUCUAAUAGCUCUUCCACUUGCCAGUGUUGCUACAGUCAUAAUAUUGCUAUGCCUUGCAGCCAUUCUUCACAAGAAGAGAAUUAAACUGGGAAAGCAAAUUGAUCAAUCAUUGCAUGAGUUGAAGAAGUUCACAUAUGCUGAGAUUGCUGAAGCUACCAAUGAAUUUUCAUCAGACAACCUAGUCGGUUCUGGGGCAUUUGGGGUAGUCUACAAAGCUAGAUUCAAAUUUGACGCCCAAGAAGUUGCCGUCAAGGUAUUCAAACUUGAUGAAAUCGGAGCAUCAAAUAAUUUCUUGGCUGAAUGUGAGGUGCUAAGAAACACCAGGCACCGCAAUCUCAUGAAGGUGGUUAGUCUGUGUUCAACCUUUGAUCCGAUGGGGAAUGAGUUUAAAGCUCUGAUUCUUGAGUACAUGGCCAAUGGUAACCUAGAAAGCUGGCUUCAUCCAAAAACACAGAAACAUGGACAGAGAAGAUCAUUAAGUCUAGGAUCAAUAAUACUGAUAGCUAGAGACAUUGCUGCUGCCUUGGAUUAUCUCCAUAACUGGUGCACUCCUCCGUUUGUUCACUGUGAUUUGAAGCCAAGCAAUGUCCUUUUGGACGAGGACAUGGGUGCUCAUGUUAGUGACUUUGGAUUAGCAAAGAUUAUUUGCAACCAUUCCUCAGCAAGGCUUAACAGUUUAUCAAGCAUAGCUGGCCCAAGAGGAUCAGUUGGAUAUAUUGCACCAGAAUAUGGGAUGGGUUGCGAAAUCUCAUCUGCGGGCGACGUUUAUAGCUACGGAGUUAUUCUGCUAGAAAUGCUCACAGGGAAGCAUCCUACUGAUGACAUGUUUAAGGAUGGGCUGAACAUUCAUAGAUUAGUGGAGGAUGCAUACCCACAUAAUGUUGUUGAUAUUUUGGAUACUAGGUUUACUCCAUGUUACAGACUUGAAGACAGAGACGAUGUGAUAAGCGGAAUGGAGAGAAGUAUUAUACAGAUGCUGAAAAUUGGUCUAGAAUGCUCAUCUGAGUCACCAAAAGAUCGACCAUUAAUACAAGAUGUUUAUGCUGAAAUCAUUAAAAUCAAGGAAACAUUUUCAGCAUUAUGCAGUUGA